UAUACGGAAAUCUAAAAAAAACUAGCGUGGUUAAUGCGUGUCGGAAAUAUUGGCUCAAUUCGGAUCACAUAUCCCAAAUUGCUUAUAAAUACACUCCUCAAAAGUUUAACUCUAUCUAUAAGUUUAAUAUCAGAUUUUAAAAAUCGGAGACUAUUAAUUAAUACACACUUUUGUGGUUUAUUAUUGUUUUGUUUGUAUGUCUUUAGUUUCAUAGCCAAUUCUGUUGGAUGGGGAAGAAGCAGCAUUAAGAUACAUUUAAGAAGAUUUAAUUAUUGGCAAAAUACAGAAUAGAACGAACGCGCGUGGUCUGGACAUAUUCUAGAUAAGAAAACAUAGCAUAGAUUCUUCACUAUUCUUUUUAUAAAAUCUUGACAAUUUUCUACGAACGAACAUAGAUAAAUUUUUUGUUUGUAGCCUGAGUUCCAUAGAACUGAAGAACAAAUAAGAUAAAACAAAAUAAGAACUAUUUAAAUAUUGUGCGCGGAAGAUAAAGCAAAUUUUUAUUCCAAUUCGUUAGUCAAGAACAGCACUCUUAACCCGACACACAACAUCAUGGAAGAAAAGUCGUGGGAAUCACCCGAAACUUCCAAGCAGAAUAAAGAGCUUUUGCCCAGAAUCACCAGACAGGAUGCUGAAUCUCAUCGACCAUAUGACGCUGUAGAGAACGUCCAACAUGGAGCAAAUGUCACAACAAAAAUACACCAGAAAAUAACAACUUUUCAAGGUUGUGAAUACAACCCUCCGGAUGGAGGAACUCGAGCUUGGUUGGUUAUGAUAAGUGCAUUCUUCUGCUUGGGGCUUAUUUUUGGAUUGAUUAAUUCCUAUUCGGUGAUAUAUUCAUAUUUGCAGCGUAGAUUUGCAGCUUGGGAGGAUCCGGAAGCAUCAAGCAAAGCAGCUCUUAUUGGAUCGUUUACUUUUGGAACUACGCUCUUCUGCUCUCCCAUUGCUGGAAUGAUGACUGACAAAAUUGGUGUCCCGUUUACAACGUUGAUCGGAGGUGUGAUAAGUGUGUUGGGGCUGUUUUUAUCAUCGUUGUCUCCGUGGAGUGUAACUGGACUUCUUUUUACUUAUGGCUUCAUGUUGGGGCUAGGAACAUCAUUGGUGUACACUCCAACACUUUCGGUGCUUGGAGUGUAUUUCAAACGGUAUCUUGGAAAAGUCAAUGGUUUCGUUUGUACAGGUGCAAGUAUCUUCACCGUUAUAAUGGCUCCUAUACUGUCUUAUAUCCUCAAUACGUACGACUUUCGUAUAGCCCUCCAGGUUUUAGCAGUGUGCUUUUGCUUCCUUAUAGUUUCAGCGUUUGUCUAUGGCCCAAUGGAAUGUCCGGCCGCUAAGGAGCCAGACCAGAAUUCAAAUUCUAAUCCAACAUUCAAUGUUGAUAUAUGGAAAGAGCGAUCCUACAUCAUCUGGACUCUAAGUUGUGCUUUGGCUUUGUCAGGCUACUACGUUUCCUAUGUGCAUAUGGCCAAGUUUACUCAGAUAAAUUUUCCAAGACAAAAUAUCAAUUUACCAAUUAUGUGCAUUGGAGCAGCGUCUUGUAUUGGCCGAAUGAUUGUUGGAAUUGUGGCUGAUAUCCCUGGAAUCAACAGAAUAAGGAUACAUCAGUUGUCUUUGGUUGGCAUGGGAGUGGUCACUGUGCUGUUGCCUUUUAACGUUUCAUUCAAUAUUCUUUUGCUUAGCUCUUUGGCUUUAGGAAUAUUCGACGGAAUGUUCUUUCCGGUUCUUGGGCCAAUUUGCUAUCAAUUGUGUGGACCAAACGGCGCUGCACAAGCAAUCGGAUGCUUUUUGGGACUAGUAGCAGUACCCAUGACAGUGGGCCCGGUUUUGGCUGGAAAGAUUUUCGAUGAAACUCAUUCGUACACACUGCCAUUUAUAAUUGCUGGGAUUCCAUCAAUAUUGGGAGCACUUUGUAUGAGUUUAAUUGACAAUAAUUGUGAAUAUGAAAGGCUUGAUGGUGAUGAAAGUGUACAGCAAGGAAUUUCAAGUAGCAAUUUAUUGAAUGAAAAUUGUUAUUCGAUUGUGAUUGAGACAGCUAAAAUUCCAACUGAGGAAGAGGCGUGUAUAACAGAAACUCCAAAGCGACGAUACAGAUAUACGAUAUUAUAAUUGAUUAAAUUUCCAACUGUAUACUUUUAAGAAGAAAUGAUAAUUGCUUUUGGGAAACGUUGGCAUACUUUCAAGAUACUCAAAGGAACUAAAUUUAAUAAAUAUUUUAUGAGAACA